AUGGGCGUACGCACCACCCCCGUUGGCGGGCUGCUAUGGCCGACACUGCGCGCCCUGCAAAUCUGGGGCGCCAACACUGACGUCGGCAAGACGGUCUUGUCGACCAUCCUCUGCGUCGGCGCUGCACACAGGCGCCCCAAAGAGGGCGUGCAUUAUCUCAAGCCCGUGUCCACUGGCGCCGACCGCGAUGCCGAUACCAUCCAUGUCCGCACCGCGUAUUCGAGGAUACACACCAAUUCUUCGAAACCAUACUGGUUCGACAGCCAACACAUCGUCCGGUACGACGACCCCGUCAGCCCUCACAUUGCCGCACCCAACUCCGGACGCGCCGUCAUCUCUGACAAGGACUUGCUCGCUGCCAUCUAUUCCCGUGCCUCGACGCACGCUGCCGCCCUGCCGUCGCGCCAUGCCGAGCGCAGCUGGCUGUUCUGCGAGACCGCUGGAGGUGUGCAUUCUCCCGGCCCGUCUGGCACCUCCCAGGCCGACCUGUACCGGCCCUUGAGGCUGCCCGCUAUCCUGAUCGGCGACCCCAAACUAGGGGGCAUCUCAGCAACCAUCAGCUCGUUUGAGUCCCUGCGCCUGCGUGGCUAUGAUGUUGAGUCUGUGCUCAUCCUCGAGAAUGAGGAAUACCGAAACCACGAGUACCUCAAAUCAUACUUUCAGGAGCAGCAAAUUUCUUGCACUGCCAUUCGCCCUCCGCCCACGCGUCAUCAAGACCCCGAAAAGGACCACAAGUCAUUGCACAACUAUUAUGACUCCAUGGGCAGAUCUAAUCCUAUCAAGAACGUCUUGCGAAGCCUAAACGACCGUCACGAGAGGCGCAUCAAGAACCUCGAUAGUAUGGCAGAGGAUGCUCAGAAGACAAUAUGGUACCCGUUCACCCAGCAGAAGCUGCUGACGACCGACAAGAUCACCGCCAUCGACUCUGCGUACGGUGACUACUUCCAGACGUUCUCCCCAAGCCCCAAGGCUCCCACGGGGUUGAAACGCAACCCGCUCGCAGAAUUCAAAUCGAAAACACAGUCAACGCCCUUGCUUCGCCCUUCUUUUGAUGGAUCCGCCUCCUGGUGGACUCAAGGUCUCGGCCAUGCCAACCCGCAACUCACGCUUGCCGCCGCGUAUGCCGCCGGUCGCUACGGGCACGUCAUGUUUGCUGAGGCCAUCCACGAACCAGCGCUGAAGCUUGCGAAGCUCCUGCUCCGCCAACUGGAAAAUCCACGCCUUUCUCGUGUCUUCUACUCGGACAACGGGUCUACCGGUACCGAAGUGGCUAUCAAAAUGGCCCUCCGUGCAGCUCGGCUGAGGUAUGGCUGGGGGUCGAGAGAGAACCUGAGCAUUCUUGGUCUGAAGGGAAGUUACCACGGAGACACUAUUGGUGCGAUGGACUGCUCGGAGCCCGGAACGUACAACGAGAAGGUUGAGUGGUAUAAGGGCAAAGGCUACUGGUUCGACUUCCCGACUGUCAAAAUGACCAAUGGGAAAUGGCAAAUCGAAGUCCCAGCUGAACUUCGCGUUGACGGGAGCCCAACAGCCGCGACAGAGUUUUUGGGACUCGAUGCUAUAUUCGACUUGAAGGCGCGUGAGGAUACUGAAUUGUACCGAGACUACACCCGCUACAUCUCUUGUACGCUUGAGGGCCUCCGAGACCAAGGCUACAAGUUUGGUGCGCUCAUGCUUGAGCCGAUCGUGCUAGGAGCCGGUGGCAUGAUGCUGGCCGACCCUCUCUUCCAGCAAGCUCUCGUGGAUGUGGUCAGGAGCGACCCCAAGCUGUUUUCUGAGUCUGCCCCUGCCCUGGAUCUCGAGGACGCAAGCAACUGGAAAGGACUCCCUGUUGUCUUCGAUGAGGUCUUCACCGGUCUCUACCGCCUUGGCAGCCCCAGCUCUGCCAAGUUCCUCGGGGUCCACCCCGACAUAACUGUCCACGCCAAGCUGCUGACAGGCGGCCUCCUCCCUCUUGCUGCUACUGUCGCCUCGGAGUCCAUCUUCCGCUGUUUCGAUAGCGACGACAAGAGCGACGCCUUGCUGCAUGGGCACAGUUACACUGCUCACGCCGUUGGCUGCCAGGUCGCCGUCGAGAGCCUGGCAACCAUGAAGCGCAUGGAGAGCAGGGGCGCAUGGCGAGAGUUCCAGGACGACUGGGCGGAGGGUGCUGAAACCCCACUGCUUGGACAGAACAACGGCCAGCAUAAGCCGGCCGUGUGGAGUGUCUGGAGCCGGAACUUCGUACAGGAGCUGUCCACCAGGACGGAUCAGGUGGAGGGUCUCUGGGCCCUGGGAAGCGUGCUGGCUAUUCACGUCAAGGACGCCGCAGGCUCUGGUUACAAGUCAAACGCCUCUCGUGCUCUGCAGGCUGAGCUCAUGGGAAGCGCCAAGGAUAUUAUGGGAUCCAACGUGCACUCGAGGGUCUUGGGCAACGUCCUGUACCUGAUGACGUCGCAGACAACAGGUGUCGACACGGUUAGGCACCUCGAGCAGCGGCUGCUGCGUGCCGAGGCGCUUGGAGGCACCCCAGAAGAACCAGAGCCGGAGCCGGAGGCAGAGGCAGAGCCUGCUGAAACCUCAGACCGGGGUUCUGAACCUUGA